CUUAAGCCUCAUCCGGUCCAGCCUUCAGCUACAACAACUAAGGAUUGGCCCGCGUAUGGCUGGAGUAGUCUAUUUGAUUGUCUCACAAGAACGCUCUUUCUCAUGAUGGAAACUGAUUGUCAGCUGAUUGGUGAGUUCCCGACAUCGAGGCGCUCUAGUAUGAAGAUGGAAAGAAAAUACAUAUCUAGAUGGCAUUCGCCCGCAUCAGCGUCAUCUUGUCGAGAUGUCGAGACUGUGGGCAUGCUUUUUGGGAAGUGGACGGUACCUGAGACAUUGAGGCCAGGCUCCUUGGAGGAAUCAGAAGUCGUGAUAUCGAGAUGGCGGGUCAAGCAAGUAUAAAGGAUUGUAUUGUCGCUCUACAAAUGAAUCAAUCGAACACAUUCAACUCAACUCUUCGAUUUUGAAGCAGCACAACAUCUAACUAUCUUCCCAUCAACUACCAAGAGUACGAAAUUGACUUUAGAGCAUCCACAUUUUCAUCCCAAAGAAAUCCCAUUCCAAACCAUCAAGAUGCAACUCAUCAAUCUUCUCUCUCCUCUCCUUCUCAUCGCUCCAGCUCUGGCAACUCCUCUCUCCGCCCGAGCAAAGGCAGCCGGUGGACCAGCCUCUGCAAAAAUCACCGUCUACCAAUCCUACACUUGCCCAUCACCUACCGCCACCCCUCCAACCGAUGGUACAGCCGGUGUAUCCUCCAGCGUGACCAUCGCCGAAGCAACAUGCGCAGUGCUUAACGUUCCCUUCGGCGGAGCACUGACCGCUGUUUUGACCGCUCCUCCUAAAACAGGCGCGGCUGGAUGCGCAGUUAUUGCGCAUACGGAUGGCAAUUGCCUGUGGAAGCCUGGAAAUGAGUUGCAUGGAUUCGCCUUUGAUGGGUUGGCGACGGGGAAUAAGGUUGGAUGUGGCAAUGUGCCUGUCAGGGGGUAUGGGGCUGUUGAGUUGUUGUGCGAGUAGAUUAUGGGAAUGGUAGAUUUGUUUUAUUUGGCGAUUACGUUCUUGUUUGAGAAGGAGUUUCAAUUACAAGUGGAUGGCAUAUAAAUAACGACUAUUACGAACAGAAACUUACUCAAAACCA